ACUUGGUGAUUAGGCUUGGUAGUGAUGGCCAAGGAGCAAAUUCAGGUGCUAAAUGCACUAGAUGUGGCUAAAACGCAAUUGUAUCAUUUCACAGCAAUAGUUAUUGCUGGAAUGGGAUUCUUCACUGAUGCUUAUGAUCUGUUCUGCAUAUCACUUGUUACAAAGCUACUAGGCCGCAUAUAUUACCAUGUUGAUGGUGCACCAAAGCCUGGCUCAUUGCCCCCAAAUGUGGCAGCUGCAGUUAAUGGUGUAGCAUUCAUUGGAACACUUUCUGGACAACUUUUCUUCGGAUGGCUUGGAGACAAAAUGGGCCGGAAAAAAGUCUAUGGCAUGACUCUAAUGCUUAUGGUAGUAUGCUCCAUUGCUUCUGGUCUUUCUUUUGGGCGUGAUGCAAAGACUGUCAUGGGAACUCUUUGCUUUUUCCGGUUCUGGCUUGGUUUUGGUAUAGGUGGAGAUUACCCUCUUUCUGCUACCAUAAUGUCAGAGUAUUCUAAUAAGAAGACUCGCGGUGCCUUUAUAGCUGCAGUUUUUGCCAUGCAGGGGUUUGGAAUUUUGGCAGGAGGCAUUUUUGCUAUUAUAAUUUCAUCUGCGUUCAAGGCAAGGUUUGAUGCUCCACCAUAUGAGGUUGAUGCAUUGGGUUCAACUGUUCCGCAAGCUGAUUAUGUUUGGAGGAUAAUUCUAAUGGUUGGGGCACUUCCAGCUGCAAUGACUUACUACUCCCGGACCAAGAUGCCAGAAACUGCCCGUUAUACUGCCCUUGUUGCUAAGAAUAUGGAGCAGGCUAAUGCAGAUAUGUCUAAGGUCAUGCAGGUGGAGAUUCAAGCUGAACCACGAAUGGAGGAGCAAGCACAAAAUGGUCAAUCGUAUGGCUUAUUCUCAAAGAAGUUCCUCAGUCGCCAUGGACUGCAUCUACUUGGAACAACAAGCACAUGGUUCUUGCUUGAUAUUGCAUUUUACAGUCAAAAUCUCUUCCAAAAGGAUAUCUUCAGCGCAAUUGGUUGGAUUCCUCAUGCACAAACCAUGAAUGCCCUUGAGGAGGUUUAUUUUAUUGCAAGGGCUCAAACGCUUAUUGCUAUUUGCAGUACAGUUCCAGGGUACUGGUUUACAGUGGCAUUCAUUGACAGGAUGGGAAGAUUUACAAUCCAGUUGAUGGGUUUCUUCUUCAUGACUGUCUUCAUGUUUGCUCUUGCCAUUCCUUAUGAACACUGGACUCUUAGGGAGAAUAGAAUUGGAUUUGUGGUGUUGUAUUCCUUGACCUUCUUCUUUGCUAACUUUGGGCCUAAUGCUACCACAUUUGUUGUGCCAGCAGAGAUUUUUCCAGCUAGAUUCCGAUCUACUUGCCAUGGAAUAUCAUCAGCAUGUGGGAAGCUUGGGGCUAUGGUUGGUGCUUUUGGAUUCUUGUAUUUGGCACAAAACAAGGACAAGAGCAAAGCAGAUGCAGGGUACCCUGCGGGUAUUGGUGUGAGGAACUCACUGCUUGUGUUAGGUGUCGUUAACAUUUUAGGUUUCUUGUUUACUUUCUUGGUGCCUGAGGCAAAGGGAAAAUCCUUAGAGGAGAUGUCAGGUGAGAAUGAAGAGGAAGCUGAAGCCUAGGU